AAGAAAAAUCUAGUAUUAGGGUUUAAUAUUGAGUUGUAUAUGUUUAGUAAUUUACAAAACAAAGCCGGUUCGACUCGGCUGGCUCGUUCAUGGACAUAUCUUCCUGUAACAUUGGAGAGUGCAGGGUAGGAAACUUUUGAACUUUGCAGCACACUACUCUGAAUUCAGAUACCAAUAUAUACAACUCUACAACUGCAAAACCAGGAGAAAUUCUAACUGUAACUUUCUGUAUGUGGCCAUGCCAUCAACCCUUCUAUCUCCCUCCUUUUCGGCAAACCCACCAUUUUCACUUGGAUAUUCUAUCAAAUUCACUAUCACCCAUCAUCCCAAACUUGCAUUCCCUUACCCUUCAUCAACUUCCCGGUUUUCCCAUCGUUCUCGGCGGUCAAUUCAUACUCCUAGAUUGGUUCCUUUGGCAUUUCUCAAGGAUGGUUUUGUUAAAGUCAAGAAGAAAUGGGAUGAUGUUACUAGUUUGAAUAAUUGGGUAGUGAAGGAUUAUUACCGGCUUGUUGAUUCCGUUAAUGCUCUUGAACCUCGAAUACAAUCUCUCUCUGAUGACCAGUUAAAAGACAAGACUGAGGAGUUUCGGUCCCGUCUGGCACUUGGAGAGAGCCUUGCUGACAUUCAACCUGAGGCAUUUGCUGUUGUUCGUGAAGCAGCAAAACGAACACUUGGGAUGCGUCAUUUUGAUGUUCAGAUUAUUGGUGGAGCAGUGCUUCAUGAUGGAUCAAUCGCUGAAAUGAAAACAGGUGAAGGGAAAACAUUGGUCUCUACAUUAGCAGCUUAUCUCAAUGCUUUGGCUGGAGAAGGUGUACAUGUGGUAACUGUCAAUGAUUAUCUUGCCCGUCGUGAUGCCGAGUGGAUGGGUAGUGUUCAUCAUUUCCUCGGUCUAUCAGUUGGUCUCAUUCAGAAGGGAAUGAAAGCUGAGGAGCGGAGGCGUAACUACCGAUGCGAUAUAACUUACACCAACAAUUCAGAACUUGGUUUUGAUUAUCUUCGUGAUAAUCUAUCUGGGACUAGUGGAGAGCUUGUAAUGAGAUGGCCAAAGCCAUUUCAUUUUGCAAUUGUUGAUGAGGUUGAUUCUGUUCUUAUUGAUGAGGGAAGAAACCCUUUACUGAUAAGUGGGCAGGCCAAUGAAGAUGCUGCUCGGUACCCAGUUGCAGCCAAAGUAGCUGAGUUGCUUGUGCGGGGUAUGCAUUAUAAUGUAGAGCUUAAGGACAAUUCAGUGGAAUUGACAGAAGAAGGUAUUUCUUUGGCUGAGCUGGCUCUUGAAACCAAUGAUCUGUGGGAUGAAAAUGAUCCGUGGGCCAGAUUCGUAAUAAAUGCUUUAAAGGCUAAAGAGUUCUAUCGACGAGAUGUUCAAUACAUAGUUAGGAAAGGGAAGGCUCUAAUAAUCAAUGAGUUGACAGGUAGAGUUGAAGAAAAAAGGAGAUGGUCUGAGGGCAUUCAUCAAGCUGUGGAGGCAAAGGAAGGUUUAAAAAUACAGGCUGAUUCAGUUGUUGUGGCGCAAAUCACCUACCAGUCACUGUUUAAGCUGUACCCCAAAUUAUCGGGGAUGACUGGAACUGCAAAAACUGAAGAAAAGGAGUUCCUCAAAAUGUUUCACAUGCCAGUUAUUGAAGUCCCCACAAACCUUCCUAAUAUUCGAAAAGAUUUACCUAUCCAGGCUUUUGCUACUGCACGCGGAAAAUGGGAUCAUGUUAGUGAGGAGGUUGAGUCUAUGUUCAGAUUGGGGCGACCAGUCCUUGUUGGCACAACUAGUGUUGAAAAUUCUGAACAUUUAUCUGAUCUUUUAAAGGAGCGGAAUAUACCUCACAAUGUGCUUAAUGCACGACCCAAGUAUGCUGCUAGAGAAGCUGAAAUUGUUGCCCAGGCAGGCAGGGAACAUGCUAUUACAAUUUCUACUAAUAUGGCUGGCAGAGGCACAGACAUUAUCUUAGGUGGAAAUCCAAAAAUGCUUGCAAAAGGAAUAAUAGAGAAGAAGUUGCUACCAUUUUUAUCGCGAGAAGUUCCUGAAUAUGAGUUUGAUGGUGAACCUAGUUCAGUAAAGGCAAUGUCAAAAGUGGAUAUUAGUCCUUCGACUUCAGCAUUACUUGAGAGAGCAUCCUUGAUUGCUAAAUAUGUAGGAAAAAGUGAGGGUCAGGGCUGGACAUAUCAGCAAGUGAAGUCUAUAAUUUCAGAGUCUGUCCAAAUGAGUGAGUCAGUUGACCCAAGGGAGCUGCAGAGGCUUGCUGAAGAAGAGUCUGAGAUGUAUCCUCUUGGCCCUGCAGUAGCUCUUGCAUAUCAAGCAGUUCUGAAUAAUUGUCAAAUACACUGCUUGAAUGAAGGUACUAAGGUCAAACGGCUUGGUGGCCUUCAUGUUAUUGGAACAUCUUUGCACGAAUCUCGUAGAAUUGAUAACCAGCUUCGUGGUAGAGCAGGCAGGCAAGGAGAUCCAGGAUCAACGAGGUUCAUGAUUAGUUUGCAGGAUGAAAUAUUUCAAAAAUUCAAUUUUGACACUGAGUGGGCCGUAAAGUUGAUAUCAAGAAUCACAAACGAUGAAGAUAUACCAAUUGAAGGUGAUACGAUUGUAAAACAGCUCCUGUCCUUGCAAAUAAGUGCAGAGAAAUAUUUCUUCAACAUUCGCAAGAGCCUGGUUGAGUUUGAUGAAGUCUUGGAGGUCCAAAGAAAGCACGUCUAUGAUCUUAGGCAAAUGAUAUUGGCGGGUGGUGCUGAAAGUUGCUCGCAGCACAUAUUCCAGUACAUGCAAGCUGUGAUUGAUGAAAUAAUACUUGUCAGUGUUGAUUCUCACAAGCAUCCCCGUGACUGGAAUCUAAGAAAGAUCUUAAAGGAGUUCACUCAUGUUGGGGGAAAGCUAUUAAAUGAUUCAUUCGAAGGAGUCACGGAGGUUGUCCUCUUGGAGUCCCUUACCCAAUUAGAUGCAUCAGCUCCAGUAGAUUUCAAUGGCUUCUUGCCGAAAUAUUUGCCAAGGCCUCCAAAUGCCUUUAGAGGAAUUCGUAAGAAGACUUCUUCUUUCAAGCGAUGGCUAAUCAUAUGCUCUGAUGAAUCCGUUUCGGAUGGAAGAUACCGAGCUGUUAUCAAUGUCUUGCGACAUUACCUCGGGGACUUCUUAAUUGCCUCGUAUCUUCAUGCCAUUGAAGACUCUGGUUUUGAUGAUACCUAUGUGAAGGAAAUUGAGAGGGCGGUGCUAAUCAAGACUUUAGAUUGUUUCUGGAGAGAUCAUCUUGUCAACAUGAACAGGCUUAGUUCAGCGGUGAACGUGCGGAGUUUUGGACACAGAAAUCCGCUAGAGGAAUACAAAAUUGAUGGUUGUAGAUUUUUCAUAUCAAUGCUAAGUGCAUCUAGGAGAUUGACUAUAGAAUCAUUACUCCGGUAUUGGGCAUCCCCAAUGGAUUCUCAAGAAGUACUCCUAUCAUAACAAUACGAUAAGGAAUUAUACCCAAUUGAUUAUAAAUUACUCAGAACAUGUUGAUCUGUGUGAAUGAUGACAAUAACUGUGUUAUAUCAAAGCAGCGAGGAAGAAAAACCGUUCUGUCUUUUAUUCUUCCUAAUUUUGGUGGCGACAAUUUUUCUUGAUAUUGCAGUUCUGAUUAAGUUGACGGGAAGUCUUUGUAAUGCAUGAAAGCAUGGAAAAAAAUGUGAUCAUGUUUGCGGCGUUGUGACAGAGAAGGUUAAAACUCAAAAGACUUGGAUCGAGAAUCACUAAAAGGGAAUUCAGGAUUGUAAAAUCGUUUUAUCGAAGAUCGAUAAGUAUAAUGAGUUUAGUCGUACUCGUAGAUGAUAGCAAUCGUCUAUGUUUGUAAGCUGUUUUUUCAAUAUGUAUUUGUCACAAUGCUCAUUCUUACAACCUCAAGGAAGAAUAGCAUUUGAUUUUAUAAAAAGAUAUUCAAUAGUUGUUGCAUUGUAAUUUAAAUUUAUUGUAAGCAAAACUUGCAUUAAGAUAUAAUGUUGUCAAAUUUAAACCCUUCUUUAACUUUAAAGAUAUAUUUUCACUAUUUCUUU